GCUGCAGCCCAGGUUGAAGACGUACAGACGUUGGUUCUGGCUAGCCUGACGUUUCACACUAAAUUCUACCGCUGCUCUGUCGCGCUCCACGUCCGUGGGCGUGGCCUAACGGAUCGUCUGGGUAGCCAGGCAACUUGUUCUCGCCACUGUAAGAAAAAAGAAUCUUUACCUUGUGUCGUUGAUGCUUCAAUUUCCGUAUCGACUCCUUUCUCCUCCUCCACGCAAGACUUCUCAUCCGUACCCCACCUUUCAUCACAGCGUUGGUUUUAUCGGGAGCGGCAGGUGUAGACUGGAAGGAGGAAGCCGCGACAUAAAUCAUGCUUGGUCGGGAGCAGUCGGCUUUGGAGCACGGAUCAUGACAUGCAGCUCAUACCAGAUCUCCAUAAGCGAGGCGCCAAGGAUCACGAGUGAACAUGGGGAUCAGGUCCAGAAAUGUUGCUAACGGUUCAGAGGAGCAGAGGGACAAAAAGACAUCAGCCCUGCCCGUGGACUUGGACCAAGAGGCUGGGGUGGACAAAGAUGGAGCUCUCUUGUUGGUGGCUCCGGGUCGGGAAGAUUUCAAAAGGAGCACGCAGGGUUUUGGACUAUUGGCCAAGACGCCCCUGGGGUACACGCGACCCGUUAAGCGGAAUAACAUCAGGAAGCGGAGAAUUCAAACCCUUAUUUAUGAUGCCCUGGAGAGACCGAGAGGAUGGGCGCUACUGUACCACGCGUUUGUGAGGACUUCGAGUUUGGUAUCAGACAAACAAGUCAGCGGACAAAGCUCCUAUUGGUUGAGUUGAACCCCAUGGAAGGGGCACCUGAGGAAGAAUCAGAUUUGUAUUGGACGAUUGAAGAUGUGUGGGCGGGGCAUCCCAAAGACAAACAGAGCUGUUAUUGGCUUACUGAUGUUGGUCAUGGUGAGUGGUUGUCUUUUUAAGACCUGCUCUUAACUUCGUACUCUUGUCUGGCGUCAAGCACCAUUAUCCCAAACGCCAGAACAAAUCCGAUUGUCCAGCUCUAUCA